UUCAUUUUCGAAACGUCACUGGAGGAGGACCAGCGGAGGCUUUUUGUUGGGACGCUCCACCGCGAAAUCUUUAGAAGUGCUUCCGGCCGUCCCCGCUCCGGACACUUCCAACAUAUUUUCAAGGAAAAGUGUUUCGCUUCGUGCACCCGAGUUGCGUCUUAAGCUGUGGAACAGCCGCAAAAGCGUGGGUAGUGUUUUGCAUUUAGCCGCAAAGACGCUCGGCUCGCAGGGCCCGCACGCUGACCAGUGAUGGACCCGCUGGACUUCCUGGAGCACGACGAGCUGCUCAGCUUUUUCCACUGUCGCAAAACAGAAAUGUCCUGCAUGGAAAACCCGCAGACCUUCCUGAACCAGCUCAGGGACCACAACCUGAUACCGGAAGACAAAUACAAGACGACGAUCCGGAUGAGAAGUAAAGAUAAAAUGAGAAAAGCUGUUUAUGAACUCUUAGACUGGCUUGAGAAAGAGAACUCGGAGCACAUCCCGCUGUUCUUCAGAUGUGUCUUCAAAGACGUCAUCAUGAACCAGUAUCCCACCCUGAAGCUGCUGCACAAUAGUCUCCUGGACGGCUCUUACCACUUUGACCCAAAACUACCUGAAAGGAGGGAAACCGAAGAGAGCGACGAAAGGGGAAGCGCGAAGGUUUCCGAAGGAGAGGAGAAGGAAACGAAGACCGCCAAAAAGAAGAGGAAGCUCACAAGCGGGAGCAGCGAAGGCGACAAUGAGCAGCCGGGCUCGUCAGCAAAACAGACUCCAGGUCAGAAGAAAAAGGCCAUGAAAAUACAUUUCUCGUCUCCAAGGAAGGGGGAGGCGGGCGAGAUCUGGACCUGGCCCCUCUAUAAGACCCAGCUGCCUGUGACCUGUGGCGAGAUGGAGGGGAUGCUCAUACGGGACAAGCUGGCUAACGGUGAAAAGUGCAUCCAGGUGGACAAACAGCGGUUCACUCCGUCUGAAUUUGAGAAGUUCGCAGGGAAAGGAAGCGCCAAGAACUGGAAAUUGAGCAUCCGAUGCAAGGACACCCCUUUGGGAAAACUUAUCAAGGACGGGCACCUGAAGGCAGGGUUCUACAAAAGAAGAGUCAGACAGGCCAGAAAAGCCCUGUUUGUUGCCAGUCAUUCAAACACAGAUGAAGAAGACAGUGAGGAUGAAGAGGAAGCACAGCCUUUAACAGAGGAAGCCUCAGGAGAAGAAACGGAGGAACAAGGCGAGCCGACACAAGUGGGCCCGGAUCAUUACAGGAGCAUGUUCAGAGUGACGUGUGGAGCUUUAACUGGGACUUUAUACAAAUGUCGGUUCGCAUCAGGGAAAUGUGGGAAAAGUAUUCGCACCGAGGUGAGCUGGAUGAGUCCGGAGGAGUUUGUGAACACAGCACUAAACCAGAGAGACGCCUCCUGGAGGAAGGACAUCCUGUACAAAGGGGAACCCCUCAGCGUUCUCCUGGAGGCAGAGGUCUUGACGAUGCAUUCGUUGCUAUGCAAAUGCAAACGGUGCAAACCGGAACCUGAAGACCUGGACGAUGACAAAAAUGACGACAAGUGUUGCAUCUGUAAAAGUGAGGGAGAGGAGGACUUGGUGGUGUGUGAUAAAUGUCCGAGAUCAUUUCACCAGAACUGCCAUCUGCCUCAUAUAGACGACACGAUACUGGGGGAUAACAGCCAGUGGCUUUGCACAUUCUGCGUCUUUAAACUCACUGAGGAGUGCCGCUACCCCGACGAGCAGAGAACCGAAGCCGUCAUGUCCCGUCAAAUAUCUCAACACAUGCUGGAAUGCCAGUAUCUCCUCCUCUAUCUGUGCAGCGCUGACGAGGAGCAGAUAUUUGCCACCGACCCGAGGGAGUAUCUGAAAAAUUACUGCAGCGUUAUUAAGACUCCGAUGUGGCUGGAAAAGAUCGCAGGCAAACUUCAGAGGAGCAAAUACCAGACUGUUGGCGAGUUUGUGUCUGACGUCCAGCUCAUUUUCACCAACUCUGCCACAUACAACAGGAACAAUCCAGAAUACCUGGACAUGGGCGAACACCUGAAGCAGUUAUUUGACAGAGAAUUCAAGAAGGCCUUCAACAUCCAGGAUUAGACGACAGACUCACGGACCACCACUUACAGACACUGGCUAUACAUAAAUAACAUUUAAAUGUUGUGCGGAUAAUACCGUAUUUUCCGCACUAUAAGGCGGAAAACCUUCAAUUUUCUC